CGGUGCAUCUGGCUUUAGAGUCAAUACAGGAAGAGAGGGGAGAGAACAACUGCACUCUUAUCAUUCUUACAAAACAGUUUGGAGAGAAAAGUGACUCAACUCAGAGCCUUAACCCAGCAAAGAAAAUGGCUGAUGCGCAAGAAUGUUUGAGAGACCUUGAGGGUGAAACCGGGAAACAGGAAGGUGCCGAAGGAGAGACCCAAAGGUUGACAGCUCAAUGGAGUGUGGAGGAUGAGGAGGAAGCUGCAAGGGAGCGACGUCGAAGGGAACGUGAGAGACAGCUGAGGUCCCAGACAGAAGAUGGCCUCAACAGCACCUCUGAAGUGGCAGUACAAGAAAGCAGGAUUGAUGGGAAGCCUCCUGGAACCUUAGAACUGGAAGAAGAUGAGGGCUUUAGUGACUGGUCCCAGAAACUUGAACAGCUCAAGCAACGAUCGGGAGGAGAGGGAGCGCAAGAAGCUCACCAAGGGGAAUGCAGACAAGCCCAAGAAGCAGAGCCUAUACAGUGUGAAGAAAGUCCCAGGUCACCAACACGCUCCUACGAAGAAGAAGAAGAAGAAGAGGACAGCAAUCUGAAGGAAGCAGAAGUAAUGCUGGAGCAAGUCAAUCUGGAUCAGGAGGCUCCCACCUUCAUCCGCUUUGAAACCAGAUCAUCCAAUUUCCUCAAGUUUGUUUCUACUUCAACUUCAGAAGAGUACCCUGGAGCAGAGCUGGAGCAGCAGCAACAGCUUAAGGAAACCUUGGAGCCUGGAGAAGAGAAUCAGCAUGCUGAGGACAAGCUCCAAGAGAACAUUACAGAAGAGAAUAUGCCUGAGGAAGAGGAAGAAAAACAAGAGGAGAAGAAAAGAAGACUAUAUGAGCCUGAAGAGGUCCCAGAAAAACGACAGAGGACCCCAAGUACAUCCAGUCAGGAAGACGAGUAUCAAACUCCGUUAAGCCCAACAUUAAAGAUCAUUGACAGGACUGAAUCUCUGAACCGAUCUGUGCAGAAAAGUAACAGUAUGAAGAAGACCCAAGCACCACUUCCAGUUUCCAAGAUUGAUGAUAAACUUGAGCAAUACACUCAAGCCAUUGAGAUCUCCAGCAAAACUCCGAAGCCAGCGCGCCAACCUUCCAUUGACCUUCCUACCAAUAGUGCCGCAGUGGCCAGCACAAAAAGCCUCUGGGAGACUGGUGAAGUGGCUCAGUCAUCUGCAAAAUCAACGCCCUGCAAGGACAUUGUGGCUGGAGACAUUGUGAACAUAAGAAACCUUUGGGAGCAAAAGGAGAACCCCCAAACAGAUGCAAAUUCUAAGGUCAAGAUUCCUGGCAAGAAAUAUAAGUAUGUGGCAACAGGACAUGGACAGUACAAAAGGGUGCCAAUAGAAGAUGAUGGGGCGAGGGAAAAAUAGCUGUGCUUGUACCAAACUCACAGGUAAAGCUUGGAAACCGGAGGCAAUACUUCAUGCAACGCUGAUGUUUCCCUGGCUAUAAGGAAAUUAUAGUGAAAGGAUUUCUUCCCUCCUAGCUCAAUCUGCUUUAAAACCAGCUAUUGAUUUCUUCAGAGAUGGAAGCAUUUCUCCAAGCUGACUUCAUUUGAAUUUGGACUUGGCAUCAACUCAAGAAGCAAUAAUGAAUUUGAAAUCCUUUCUAGAUCAGAUUUUUUAUUGAGAAAUUUAACUUGUGUGCCGUAUUGAGCUUUUUUCAAAUUUUGUUUUGAACUGAAUUCCUAGACUUGACUAGGAGAAAAAGA